UGCGUUGCACCAUUUAACUUUAACCAUUACAAACGUCACAUCGUCUGUCAAAGUAUCGGUUAAGCGAAAAAUUGGUUGCACCAUUCAACUAUGGUUAAAAUGACGUCAUAACUUUAACGAUAACCAUAACCACCCAAUGUUGGCCGGUUACUGCUUUUGUUAAAGUCAGGUAGCCGUCAAACGCGUUGUAUAACCUCAAAGGCCUCAAAGUAACAGUAUUACGUACAAAUAUUCAUAUUAAAUAACUCUCAUCAUGUCGCUUCUGCGUGAAAUAGCGCUUGAAACAAGUUCCUCCGAAGAUGAAAUUGAGGUGGAGUAUGUACGGAACUUACAAAAUAGGAAGAAAAAGGUGUACUUUCAGAGAACCAAUAGAUUUCUAACUUGGGAUGAGAACUCGUUCUUGGAUAGGUUCCGGGUCUCUAAAAAUGUGGCUCGUGUGUUGGCUCUAAAACUAGAACCUUUUUUACUGCCUCCAACGACGAAAAAUUUUGCAAUCACACCAAUACAACAAGUACUGAUUGCAUUGGAGUACUACGCAUGUGGAUCUUUCCAAAGAUGUAUUGGCGAUACAGCCGGUGUGCAUAAGUCAAGUGUGUCACGUAUAAUUUAUAGAGUGAGCAGAGCUAUUGCCAACAUGCGGCAGGAAUGGGUUUCGAUGCCACAGAACGUACAGGAAAUGGAGAAAACGGCUACACGAUUCUACGAAAUAAGUGCAUUCCCAAAAGUAGUUGGAGCUAUCGAUUGCACCCACAUACCAAUUAAGUCUCCAGGUGGCGAACAUGCAGAAAACUACAGAAAUCGGAAAUUAUUUUUUUCGAUGAAUGUACAAGCUAUCUGUGAUGCGGACAUGUACAUAACAAACAUAGUAGCACGUUGGCCUGGCAGCAGUCAUGAUAGUCACAUUUUCAACAGCAGUGUUAUUAAGGGCAGGCUAGAAGAUGGUGAGUUUGCAGGGUACUGGUUGCUGGGUGACAAGGGUUAUGCCAUAAAACCUUAUUUGCUUACACCUCUACGAGACCCAGUAACAGAUGGAGAAAAGCUCUACAAUGAGAGCCAAAUUCGCACUAGGAAUGUUGUGGAAAGAAUGUUUGGGUGUUGGAAAAAAAGAUUUCCAGCUUUAUCAAUGAAAAUAAGGACAGAUUUAAGAAGAGUGCAGCCCAUCACAGUGGCUACGGCAGUGCUCCAUAAUAUAUGUAAAAAAAUGAGAGACCCUGUGCCACCAGCUCGGAUUGUUGAUGAUGAUUCAUCUGAUGAAGAGGAUCCUGCCUAUGAAGUUAACAGGAAUGAUGAGAAUAAUCGGAGAAUGUUAAUAAAUAAUUACUUUAAUAGAUUACAUCGUUAG